AAAAAAAAAAAAAAAAAAUCUUUUGUCUUUGUGCACUUUUUCUUUAUUGUUUCUUUUUAAAAACUUUUGCAGCAUAAUGACAGAUACAGUACCAGAUAAAGACGAACAAAAACAGAUUGAUGAAGAAUAUCAAUUAUGGAAGAAAACAACACCAAUGUUAUAUGAUCUGGUUGUGACUCACAAUCUAACCUGGCCUACACUCACUUGUCAAUGGAUGCCCAAAGUGUCAAAUGAUAACGGGUAUACAACACAAGAACUUUUGAUUGGAACGCAUACAAACGAUGAAGAAAUGAACUAUACUCAGUUUUUAUCUGUGGAUUUACCUCGGGAAGACCAAGAUAUGGAUUCUUCAACAUAUAAUGAACAAAAAGCUCGUAUGAGUUUAACUCAGAAAAUGGAACAUCCUGGUGAAGUGAAUCGUGCACGUUAUCAACCAUCCAAUCCCAACAUUAUUGCUACUAAAACACGUGAUGGUCCUGUACUGAUAUUUGAUCGAAUGGAUACUACUACACCCAGUACACCACUAUUACGAUUAACAGGCCACUCAAAAGAAGGAUAUGGUAUGGCUUGGAAUCCUCAUGCUAGCAAAUCAAAUCAUCUACUUAGUGCUGGGUUUGAUCAAAUGAUAUACCAAUGGGAUAUCGGAUUGACUCCCGAUAGCGAUGAUAAGAAGACAUUGGUACCCUAUCAAAGAUAUGAAGGUCACCUUGAUUGUGUGGAGGACGUUAGUUGGCACUCAUCAAAUACUUCUAUAUUUGCAUCUGUAGCUGAUGAUAUGAAACUGAUGAUUUGGGAUGAUCGUUCGGGAUCAAAACCGACACAAAAAAUUCAAGCACAUAAAGCUGAAGUCAAUACAGUGGCUUUUCAUCCACAUCAAGAAUGGAUGAUUGCAACAGGUUCUUCUGAUAAGACAAUUGGUCUAUUCGAUAUACGCAAGUUGGAAACGAAAUUACACACUUUUGAUAUGCAUGAUGGUGAAGUACACCAAAUAGCUUGGAGUCCACAUCAUGAACCUAUUAUUGCUUCAGCAGCCACAGAUCGAAAAAUCAUGAUAUGGGAUUUAAGUAGAAUUGGUGAAGAACAAACUCCUGAAGAUGCUGAAGAUGGACCUCCUGAACUCAUGUUUGUACACAAUGGUCAUACUAGUAGAAUUUCUGAAUUCAGCUGGAACCCUUUGGAUCCUUGGAUGAUUGCCAGUGCAGCCGAAGAUAACAUUGUCCAAGUUUGGCAAGUGUCUAGAAACAUUUACACAAACAAAGAUAGUAUAGAAAUUAGUAUAGCAGAAUUGGAAUAAUAUUAAAUAAAAACUUUUUUUUUUGUGUUUGUUAUUUGAUGAACUCCUCAUUAUUUUGAUUUUUGGCUAAGAA